AUCGCAGCUCUACCAAAUUAAUUAAAAAUGGCAGCUGUUCCAAAAGAAUACAAGCUCGUCGUCGUAGGAGGUGGUGGCGUCGGUAAAUCCGCGCUCACUAUUCAAUUCAUUCAAUCUCACUUUGUGGAUGAAUAUGAUCCAACCAUUGAAGACAGCUACAGAAAACAAUGCCAAAUUGAUGCAGAGCCAGCUUUAUUAGAUGUUCUGGAUACUGCCGGUCAAGAGGAGUACUCCGCUAUGAGAGAGCAAUACAUGCGCACAGGUGAAGGUUUCCUUUUGGUUUAUUCAAUCACAAGUCGAAACUCAUUUGAAGAAAUUGAGACUUUCCACCAACAAAUUCUCCGCGUUAAAGACAAAGACUUCUUCCCUAUGGUUUUAGUCGCUAACAAAGCAGAUUUAGAGUAUGAACGUCAAGUCGGAUCAAACGAGGGUCGUCAAUUAGCUAAGAACUUCGGCUGUAGAUUCAUUGAAACUUCCGCUAAGCAACGCAUAAACGUCGAUGAAGCGUUUUAUAACCUUGUUAGAGAAAUUAGAGGCUACCAUAGAGACCAAACUGGCAUUAAAUCUAACAACACGCCUAAUCAAGUUGAACCAAUGCAACAUCAAGCCGGACAAGAUAAGGAAGCCGGCUGUUGUGGUGGAUGUGUUGUACUCUAAUCUUAAUCAGGAACAACAUAAUCGAAACACGGUCGUAUAAUUCUUUUUCUUUCCAAUUCUAGCAAUCCCGUUAUUCUUUAGCUAAUAAUUGCUUCAUUGACUUUAUCUCUUUUCACUUUACAGGUUUUCAUCUUAUUUUCUUGACGCAAUCAUGGAAAGUACAUUAAAACUACUUUUCUAAUUCAAUGUUUCUAUUGGAAUUACACUUACAAUAACGUCCAAUCAACCAACUACUCUACAUCAAUUAAAGAAUUUCGGGCAAUUUCUCAACUUUUUUCUUUAAACCUUUUCAACCCUUUUGACAAAAAAUAACUCACAGGCGAUAAAGAUGUUGCUAUGUAUACCU